CACGAAAUCAAAGAUGGCGUCCGAUAAUGAUGUGUUSUCGUACUCUGUUGGGCAAAUUUCCCAACUAUUAUCCGCAUCCCAUAAAAGAAAAAAUAGCAGCAAAGAGAAUAGUACUCUUCAAAGUUUAUUUUGUGCAAGCUCUAGCGAACAACCUGUUUUUAUUCAAGUAAAAGGCAAGAAAAAGAAAGUGGACUCUAUAACUGAUGAAAGGACAAAGUCAAAAAAGAGGAAAAUUGUAAAAGUUUUAGAAGAUGAAAAAGACACUCUUUCUGAUAAUGAUACUGAAAUUAACACUGGAAAAAGGGUAAAAUUYAAGCAGAAAAAGUUCCAAGAAGAACCAGAGAGACUUGACAGAACAAUAUUUAUUGGGAAUAUUCCUGUAACACUUAAAAAGAAGGCAUUAAAAAAAUUAUUUGARAAAUAUGGAGAAGUGGAAAGUGUCAGAUUUCGUUCAGCAACCAUGGAAAUGAAAAGAAAAAAUUCAAAAGGUCCCAUUGAUUCUGGUGCUGUCUCAAGUCUGAUUCAGCAAGCUUCAGCGGAMAAAUUACUGUCACUAGAUCUAAGCUACUUAAAUUUAACUGAAAUACCUUCAACUUUACUUUGUCUUAACCAUUUGGAACAUUUGUAUUUGAGAGGAAAUGCAAUUGAAGUUUUACCAGAGGAUUUUUUUAUCAAACUAAGAGGGUUACWAUGGCUUGAUCUGAGGUGCAACAGACUUCAAAAUCUUCCWAGUUCWGUAGGGCAGCAUAAGCACUUGAAGAAUCUUCUACUGGGUGAUAAUAGACUUGAGUACAUCCCUGCAGAACUUGCACUGGUUGCGACACUCUCAGGYCUGAAUCUUGUCAAUAAUCCUUUAGUUGAUCCACCACAGCACAUCAUUGGAAAGGGAAUUCAUGAAAUUAAGAAAUACUUUUUUAGCAAACUUGAAAUAAAGGACACUUCAAAGAAACUGGAUCUUGAAUCUGAUGAUGAAACAAGUCACUGUGAUAAUAAGYCAGCUCCAAAGGUAGUGGAACCACGUAAAGUCASUCUUAAAGAGAAAUGGCAAAAUUCUAGCAUGGAGUAUUCAAGGUCUUACAGCGAGGAAGGAUUGACAAGACCAAGAGAUGCUAGUAGUCCAAACUGUUACUCCUCUCCGCUGCACAGCUAUGAUUUAACAUGUAGUAUCAAUGGACCCCACUCGGAUUCAGGGACACCAUGUUGGUUCAUACACAGACCAUGGACUACGGGGGUUUUCUUCACCAGAAGCAAGAAUCAUGAGACAUUUUUUUGCAGCUGGGAAAUGUUCAUUAAUUUUGUGGCACUUGCAAAYCCAACAAUGUCAAGAACUGUUGGAAUGAAAAGGAAGGAAUAUCAUAAAGACAGGCAUACAUUAAAUGGUUACAUUGUCUUUAAACAUCAAAGUUCUGUACAAGAUGCCCUUAAAAGCAAUGGUCAAGAAGUGGAAGGCAUGCAUAUGAGAGUUGACAUAGCAAAAAAUAYUAAGAUACACAAUCACUCUAGAUCUGUAUUUGUUGGUAAUCUACCAUUUGGAACUGAGGAAGAGCCAUUACGAGAACUGUUUAAAGAUUGUGGUGAAAUUGAGUCUGUCAGACUUAUAAGAGAUAGUAAAACUGGCAUUGGAAAGGGUUUUGGAUUUGUAUUAUUUAAGGUYAAUUACAAUGAACCAAGAAACAUCUUUUUAAAUUAUUACAUARUGAACAGUUUUGUUACUUGUCAUCAUGCUAAAGUUAAAAAAGGAAAACCUCAGACACACUCCUUCAGUGGACUUCAAGCCAAAAAGAAUCAAAAGAUUAAUAAACCAAAGCAUACAAAGAGAAAAGAAAAUGUGGGAAAGAAGAAAGGUACAAAGAAAAGAGCUGGCAAAAAUGUUGGUCAGCCCUCYAAGAGAUCAGUGGCUUAUAAACAAAAGUUAAAUAAGAAAAGCAAAAGAGAAUAGUGUGAUAUUUUUUCAUGUUUUUAUUAACUUAGUAAGUUGGAACUGAACUUGUGGUUUUAAAAUUAUACCAUAAUGAUAACAUGAAAUAUGUGUAAAUAAUAAACUUUCAUCAACAAGAAUGCUAACUAUAGUCACUGUAUUGUCUUUUUUUUUCAUUUUAUUUUUUUCACUGAGAAACUAUAUUAUCUAGCUAUGUAC